GGCUAUCCUCAAAGCGCGCGCGCGUCUCAUUUGCCCGCCUUACGAACCGACCAAAAACCAACUCGAAUCGAAUUCAAUUGCAUCUGAUGUUGCUGUUAUUUGGGCCUGGCCAACAGCAACAAUACAACAAUUGGCAGUAAUCAGCGCGCGUGUGAACCAAAAAUAACAAAUAAAUGCAAAACAAGAAAAAUAUAUACAAAUUUCAACUUGAGAUAUGCACAGAGAUAUACUCGAAAGUCAUGUGAAACACCAAUGCAUAAUGUUCAAUCAUUGAAAUUUAAUACCAAAGUUGUUAAACACAAAGGCCAGCAAAUCAGAGAAAAGCAUUAAGUGUAAAGCAGUGCAAAGGAAAUGAAAUUGUAAACAACAAAAGCACGAGAAAAAAACACAAAAAAAAGCCAAAUAAAAGAGAAAAUACAAAAAAAAUCUAUCAAACAAACCAUAAAAAUCAACUAAAUGCCAAAGCGACGCAAUAACAGAACUAAAAUCUGACAACGAGAACAACGGCAACUGACAAAACGAACGAACCGAACAGACCAAAAGGACCCCAUCCAAUACACGCACGCUCCCCAAUUGAAUGUGUGUGAGUGAGCCAAGGCUAAGACAAAGACAAGUGCAAAGAACAACAACAAGCUUGGCAACAUUAUCUACGACGAGCUGGCAACAUUUACAACACUGGCAACAUGCUGCUGAGGCGCUUACAACACAGCGGCAGCAACAGCCCCGCCAGAGCGCCAUCGCCCUCAAGUUCCCAAAAGCUAAUCGGAUUUACGAGACAACCUACAACAACAACAACAAGAACAACAACAACAACAACGUGGCUUUGGCCGCUGCUCUGCCUGACAGUUGUUGCUCAUGUCAGCGCCCAAAUAGAUCGUACCAUCAGCGAGCAUGAGAACAAAAAUGUGGUGCUGCCAUGUCCGGUGAAUGAGCAAAAAUGCGGGAAACUGCAUUCCCUGAACUGGUUCAAAGGCGAUGAUCGGAUUGCUGCAAUGCUGCUCGGCGAUAGCAAUGUCACGAGUGUGAAUGAUGAAUUUAAAAACAGAGUAACUGUUGAGCAAAAUCCAUACAGAUUAGUUAUUAAGGAUUUGAGAAUAUCUGAUGAGGAUAUCUAUCUAUGUGAUACAACAUUUUUUAUACCAGAAGAAACGUGUGAUAACUUCAAUGGCUAUCGUGUCGAAUUAAGAGUCUUAGUGCCACCCACAGAGGUUGUGAUUUUGGACGCAAAGGGCGACCGCAUCGAGAACGGCAGCAUCGUCGGACCCAUGCAGGAGCGACAGAGUCUCAAGGCGACCUGUACGGUGAAGAACACACGGCCCCAACCCGAAGUGGGCUGGUGGCGUGGCACCAAACGCCUGGCAACAUAUUCGCCCACUCAUGAUCUUAACGACGGCCUCUAUACAUCCACACUCGAACUGGAUUGGCAAUUAUCACGUGAGGAUCUGGCAACGGAUAUUGAAUGUCGCGUCGAAUCGGCGGCUAUAAAGAAUGCAAUUGUUACCAAAUUUUCUGUCGAUUUGCAAGUGCGACCCACGAGCAUAGACAUCAGCGGAGUGGAACAUCAUACGGUGCAAGGCAACAAAGUGGUGCUAACAUGUCACAUACACGGCGCUAGGCCCGCAGUCAACCUGACCUGGUAUAACACAACUUCUGUUAUUAGUGGCGAGGAGAACGAUUUAACUGAGAUACGCACCAAGGCUUUUGAAAAGGAGGAUGGCACUUAUCACACCCAGUCUGAAUUGAUGUUCAAUGCGACACGCUUUGAAAAUGAUCGCGUCUUUCGCUGUGAGGCUGAAAAUAUUGUUCUGCAAAUCAAUCGCGAGAAACCAAUGGCGUCAGCUCUCACAUUGGAAAUAAUGUAUCCGCCUGUCGUCAAGGUCAGUCCACCGGAAAUGGUCACAAAUACCAGCGAAAUAGUGCUACUCAAUUGUGAAUACGUGGCAAAUCCGGCCUCGCUCACGCAGGUCGUUUGGUAUCGCAACGGCGAUAUUGUUAACGUCAACGAUACGGAUCGCUACCAGGGCGGCAACUCGGAGAACGUGGCGCUGGUCAUUAAAUCCACCGAUAAAGAAGAUAUUGGCAACUACACCUGUGAGCUAUCGAAUUCCGUUGGCAAGGGCAUCUCCGAGCAGCAAAUUGAUCUCGAUGUGCAGUACGUGCCGCUGGUCGAGGUGCAGAUGAUACCCGAGGGACCCGUCAAGGAGAGCGAUGAGUCAAAUGUAACCCUGUUCUGUAAUAUUUUGGACGCCAAUCCAUCGGUGCUAACCAAAGUGCGUUGGUAUGCCAAUUCCACAUUGCUGAAGGAGCUGCCCGAUUGCGAGGAAACAAGAGAGGAUUUAUGUCACAUUGAUCCCAGCAAGCUGCUGCUCGAGAGCAUUGGUCGCGGCUUCUUCUAUAAUUAUUCCUGUGAGGGCUACAAUGCUGCUGGCUGGGGACCACGCAGCGAGGACAAGGAGCUAAUGGUGCACUAUGAGCCUGGACCAGCCACGCUGACGCACUUUCCACCGAUUGCUAUUAAGAAGAAGAGCGUCAUCUUUUAUUGCUCUGUGGAUGAUCCGGGCUACCCCGAAUCGAAUAGAUACCGUUGGCUGCGUGGCGGCCGCGGCCCGCUGCAGGACAUUGUCACCAAGGAAUGGACCGUCGAGCCCGUCGGCCUCGAUAGCCGCACCAACUACUCCUGCUAUGCGUACAAUGAGGGCGGCAAGGGCGUAAUGGCCACAGUCAAUUUGGAAGUACAUGCACCGCCAUUUUUCAUCAAGAAUAUGCAACCCUACACGGGCGUGCUGCACUCCGUCUCCAACUUCAAUCUGACCUGCCGCAUCGAGUGUGUGCCCCGCUGUGAGAUCGCCUGGCUAAAGGAUGGCACGCCAAUUGACAAGAAUGAUACCCGUUACUUUGUCAAAGAGAAGUAUAUGGACGCAUCCCCGGCCACUGGCGAUUUCGAGAGCAUGCUCUCAGUUCUGCACUUCAACAUGUCAAAUUUUCCGAAUAAAAAGUUCGACAUCGAAUCGGAUAACGCCAAAUACAUGUGCAUAUCGACGGCAAACGCGGUGGGACCGACAGUAAACAGCACCACCUACUUGAGCAUUGAAUACGCACCGAAUAACAUCAGCGUCUCGGAGAAUAUUGUCUACGUGCAGGAGCAUCAUAUACCAGGACGCGUCAUAUGCAAAUCGCAAGCUAAUCCAGAACCUUCAUAUGAGUGGCUAUAUCCCAACCAGACUGUAACCAUGGGCAAUACGCUGAUUAUCAAUGAUCCCAUUAAGCGCAAUGAUACGGGCAUCUAUAGAUGCAGAGCCCGCAAUAAGCAUGGAGAUCGUAUUGCCGAAACUCUCAUCGAUGUUCAGUUUACGCCGCGCUGUGAAAUCGAAAGGCGAGAAAUCGAUGAUCAGGAUACACUAAUUUGCACAGCAUACGGAAAUCCUCAAGAGGCUGAUUUUUCAUGGUCAAUUAAAGCUGAGAAUGAAACAGUCGAAACGCUGGGCGCUGGCGACAAGAAGACCUUUGCGGACAAAAGCUUUUACAUACUGCAGGAGGAUUAUGCCAUCGCCAGGACCUAUAGAUGUGUGGCCAACAAUUCCGUUGGGCCCGGCGCAUUCUGUGAGAUUGAAGUUGCUGAACAACUGGCCUGGUGGCAGCGCUGGGACAAAACGACGCUCAUUAUACUGGUUGCCGCCAUAUUGGCCUUAUUGCUGGCCGUCAUUAUUAUUUGCUGCAUAAUUAUAUGCAUAUGCCGUCGCCGUCGGCGUCAGGAUAAAUUACACGACAAGUCGUCUUCACUGGGGGAUCCAUUGACGGAACCUGGCGAGUAUGAGAAUCUACCGUUUCAUGGUCUGCAAACGGCACCUAACAAGUUCUCUACUACCCCUACAAAUUUUAAUAACAACACAAAUGUGGUGCGCGUCGCUCCACGACCCAAGAGACUAAAUGGAAAUAUUGGUCAAGCAAUGAACAGCCAGCAGCUGCUGCAUCACCAGACUCUUCAGCAUCCGCAUCCUCAACAGCAGCAAACACACUACUACGACCAACAAAUGCAACAGCAGCAACAACAGCAGCAGCAACAUCAGCAGCAACAACAUCAGCAGUACAACACUUUGCAGUACGGGCGUGGCUGCACAGCCCCGCCCCCUCUUACGGCUCCACAUAAUCGCAGUCUGGAUCAGCUCGAAUCUAGCUCCGAUCAAAUACAAUAUAAUCUAAGCAAUUGCUUUCCCAAAAGCUACACCGAAUACUAUCAGCAGCAUCAUCAUCAGCAGCAGCAGCAGCAACAAACGCAGCAUCAACAAUCUCAGCAACAGCAACAACAACAACAGUCGCAUAAAUUUCACACCAAUUCCGCGUCCAAUGCGCAGCUGUUGAAUGCCAUCGAGCAUGAUUAUCAGCCCACAUAUGCGGUGGUUGAGCGUGUGCCACCGCCACCACCUGCGCCCAGUUCCGCGCUGCUCAACACGAAUCCCUUUCUGGCCGCCAGCAACUUUAAGAAAUACGAUGCAGCCGGCGAAGAGCUGCUGGGCAGCAUGCAGCGUGGCAAGCGCGGCAAGGCGGGAAGCCUGCUGGAGCGCAUGGACAUGGAUAAGAAAUUCUACUCACUGAAGUUUCCCAAUGGCGCCAACAAGCUGAAGAAGCCGGCCUACAAUCUGAAUGCCUCGCUGGGAAUGGCCACAACGACAACGGCGCCAAAAUGCAAGCGGCAUCAUUCCUUUGCUGGUGGUAGCCAUGGCGAUAUUGAAUCCAACGGCAAGCCCAUGCGCCUCUAUGAUCCGCCCGUCUAUGAGAAUGUGGCGGACAAAUGUGGCGGCGACUUGGACAUGGAUAUGGGCGGUGACGGCAGCAGCAGCAGCAUUGGUCACACUAUGAAUCUGAAUCAUAAUCUGAAUCUAAAUCUGGCCACAGUGCAGCUGCACACGCAGCCAGCUGCUGUCGUCUCGGCGAGCCACAAGAAGAAACAUCACCAUCGCCAGCACCAGAAAAAGGCUGAUGCAUCAGUUGGCGCCGCUGGCGCUGCAGCUGACUUUCAACUAAUGGAGCCUGAACGCCUUAGCAUUUAUCGCAGCGAUUCUGGCAUAUCCAAUAGCUCCUAUGAGUCCCAGCUGCCGGCACUGGGCCAGCGCACACCCAAAGCGCACAAGGCGGCAUCCUCGGGCCUCAACCUGACCCGCAAGCCACUCUACAUGAAUGUGGAAGGGCAGCAGCAGCAACAGCAGCAGCAGCAAUUGGCACGUGCCGGCUCACCGGCGCACAAUAUUAAUUCGUCCUAUGAAUCCGCCUCGUCGGCGCCCGUCACAGAUCCCACCUCGCUCAGCUCAUCCAAUUCGCUUUACAGCAGCGGCAUCGGCACCGUCAGCUCGCGCUGUAAUCGCCACUCGCAGCAGCAGCAGUCGCAGCAGCACCAGAAUCAGCAGCAUCAAAGGCAGCCAACGCCGGAAAUCACAACACCUGAGGAUUAUGAGCAGUACCAACUGGGACAUCAGCCAGCGCAUUCCACCUCCAUGCUGUCGGUGGCCAGCAGCGUAAGUGCCGCCAGUCGAGGCAAGUGCAAGUCCUCCAGCACGGCAACAAUGCAACAGCUGCCACUUCGCUUAGGUCCACAUGAGCAAACGCAAUUGUUGGCCACUAAUCCAUUUUUAGCACUUAAACGGAACGGCAACAUCAGCAACAACAACAGCAGCAGCAACGACAACAAAGUCAGCAGCAAUGCCUGCAGUAAGAAAUUACGACGACAGACCAUCAGCGACCCCUACGCACAUAUCAAACGGCAUUAUGCCGGCGAUGCCGAUGCCUCUGUUGCCAGAAACAACAACAACAACAACGACGACGGGAGCAACAUCGCUGAAGCCCUUGCAGCCAACAGUAAUAGUGGCCCCAAAGCCGCGACAGCAGCAGGGCGUGGCAAUCAUCAACAACAAAUGCUAAUGCCAAAUGAAUUGCUGCUGCAGGCAAGUCAAUUAGCUGCCGCCGACUGCAAUCAGAAUUUAAGAUAUGUACCGCCCAUGCCAAGUGCCACGCCUAUGACACAACCCCUGGCUGGCGCCUACGAUUGCCUGGUGGUGCGUCGCCCGAUGCGUCUGCCGUUGCGCAAACAUCACACCUUCCAUUUCCAGACAACACAAACGGCCAACGGCAAACUGCAGCAGCUGCGCCGCCAACUGCAGCAGCAACAGCAAGAGAGGGAGCAACAGCAGCGGGGGCAGGGUCCACUCAUCUAUCGUCCACUGGAGCUGAGUGAACGGCAUGCCUUUAAGCCAAUUUCACCAACACCUGCAACAACAACAGCGUCUGAUUAUGAAAAAUGCCAAGAGAACGACACACAGCAGCAACAGUCGCAGCAAGAACAGCAGCAACAGCAGCAGCAGCGACCAGCGACGGGUCAACUUAAUCCCGCUGCCUCAUUAGAGGCAUUAGAGGUGUUAACCAAAACGCAUCCGGACUUUAUGUUUGCCCGAACAAGCGGCCAACAAAGCGAGCCGCUUGCUGCUGCUGUUACUGCAGCAGCAACAACAACAGCUGCUGCUGCAGCUGUGGAGGAAGAUGAGGAUUUGGGCUACUCCUUUUGCGAGGAGGAGUACAUGGUGGAUGAUGAUGAUAAUGCUGAUGAUGAUGCAGCAAGCCACAAUCUCACGGCACCACCCACAACGCCCGCCCACAGCUCACAGAGCAGUGCAGCUAUUGCAAAUGCAACUCCACUGAAUGCCGCAAGUUUCGAUGAUGAAUUCAUUUAUGCCGAUCUCGAGAGUCAGCAUUAUGGGCCCAUCAAUUACAAGGCCGCCUCGCUCUAUGCCCAGGUCAAAAAGAACAAGAAAACGGGAGCUCUGGAGGAGCUGAAGCAAUAAUCUUGGAGACAAACGAACCUCCAAAUAUAUUUUGCAGUGCAUUUUGGUCUAUUUUUUAUGAUGUUUAUUCAAUGAAUAGUUGUUUAUUUUUUAUUAUAUAAUCUUUUUUGCUUUGGUACUUAGCGCAAGCGAAAUGCGGACGAUUGAGCUUCUGUAAACUUAAAAUCGAAAAGUGUUUAAAGCAAAUGAAUAACGAAUUUCUUAACUUUAUGAAGGCAAAAACAACAAAAUGAUAUUAAUUGUUAUAACAUAAAAAUAAUUAAAUGAAAAAUAUAUAUAUAAAUACAUAUGUAUAUUAUAAGUCACGCACUAUAUUAACUAGCAAAACAUUUUGACAGUCAAUACACAUACCUAAAUAGGCCCAUUAACAACAGCAAAAACAAACAAAAACAAACCAAUUACAUAGUUUUUAUCACUAAACAAAAACAAAAAACAUAAGCAGGCAUUGUACUUAGCAACAAGCGAAUAUAUACAUAUAUAUGUAUAUCAAAAUAAAAAUUACCAAUUAAAAUCGAAAAGUAAUUAACGGAAACAACAUUAAAACGAAAACAUUUAAUAUGCAAGCAACCACUAACUUUAGUUAAACAAGAAAAAAUAACUAACUUCGGCACGCCGAAGAUUGAAUACCCUUGUAGAUAUAUGGCUAACUAUCUUGCAGACAUGUCAAUCGAAUAGCGAAGCUUAAAGUUGCAGCGUUUGGUGAAAACUUCUUCAAAAAAAUUUUGCCAUAUAAAAUUUCAAAUAGUUCAUUGUUGGACUCAAAGGUAAGAAAGCAAAGGUGCGUCUUUACCUAUGCAAAGGUUCACGAAGACAACUGUAAAAGUGAGGGACUUUUUGCAUCGAAACAGUUGCACACGGAGUAUAUAUAAUUGAUGGAGUCUAAGACGCCUUCAUCUGCGUUACAUAUUUCGUGACAAAAUUAUAAUACUCUCUACAAGGGUAUCAAAUAU